GACAGUUACAACUUACUAUUAUCGUGGCACGUGAACGGACAAGAGCAGUAUCGUGGUCAAACUAUAAACCGCGAGUGGUCAUAGUACGCGAGUUGCCAAUGAGAAGCAGCGCUAGGUCGAGCGAGGAAAAGCCGAGACGACGGGGGAUCCAAAAGGAGUUGGUCGGCGAAAGGGACCUCGAUACGAUCGGCAGGAUACUCGUGGAUCUUGGAACUACGACGAUUUAUGGGGGACUUUAGCGCGGCGAGUCUCUUCUCGAGUAGUAGUUUGUCAACCACGAGCAAAUCAUCGAUCGGGGGCAACACCGCGAGCAAUACAGGCGGCGUGACGAUAACAGCGACGACAUCGACGAUGCAGGACGAUUUGUUGAUCGAGAAGCAGGCCGGUGGCAAAGCAGCGCCUCUGUCCCCCAACACCGGGCUGGAGACCGUCGGCGGCCAAGAGAAGGCGAAAGACGCGGUCGAGGUCGAGAGCAUCGCUAUCACGCCGACGACGCCCUCCUCCACCGAGAAGGAGAUCGCGUGCAGCACGAGCUCGGCGCUGCAGAGUUUCACCGAGGCCGGAAGAGUGCCGAGCUUAUGGUCAGCCCCGGAUGAGACGGGCCUCCACGCGUUGCCCGUCAACGGAUCCAUCGCCGCCUUUCAGAACUUUCCGAGCGGCGGCCCGACCGGGUUGUUCGCCGGUACCGGGCCGGCCGUGUCGGCCGGCGCGCGUCGCGCUAUCACGGCCAGUCACAAUUUCCCGCAACAGCACGGAACCGCGACCGCCCCCACCGCCAGGCACGGCGGCCUUCAAGUGUCGUCCGCUCAACAACAGCAGCAGCAGCAGCAGCAGCAGCAACAGCAGCAGCAGCAGUCGCAACAGCAGCAGCAGCAGCAACCGCAUCAACAGCAACCGGCAGCUACCUCGCAUCCGGGUGUUUACCUUCCUGGGAAGGGCUACGCGGCCUGGUCCGGUGGGCCGCAGGCGCCUCAGCAAUGGAGCGCUGGGCCGCAGGCUGCCGCGGUCGCGAGCCCCGGUCUCUCGCCCUGGAAUCGUGGCAGAUCGGUGCCGAAUCUUCCUCCCCUGCACUCGUCCCUGCACGCCGCGGCCGCGGCCGCGGCCGCGGUUGGCUUGCAAGGAAGGAAACCGAGCCCCACGUUUCCCGGCCACCCGGGCCCGGCGGCUCAUCCCUCUUGCAUCAGCCCUGUUAAAUUUCGAAGGAGCACCUCCUAUCCCGGCAAGGGCAACAUGUAUCCGCCCCAACCUGCGCCCACCUUCGAAGUCACCACCGCCGAAGAAAGGGAUUUGCUACAGCUGCCACCGUUCCAGCAGGAUCGCAUGACAGCUAAUGGAAACUCACCACUGGACAAUAUGAGAACGUUAGAGCAUUAUUUGAGCGACAUUAUGCGGGCUGGUACAGCAGAUACUCCGGAACACGUGAAAGGAUACAUGAACUGCAAUGCCAGCACGCUGCAAUCGCUCACGCAACUGCACGGCAAAUCACCGUUCUUCCCAAGUUUGGAGGAUCAGAGCGGCACGCUGCUAGAGGAUCCUAACGCGCCGAGCCAAUUGGAUGGCGUCGGUGGAGUCGGAGUCGGGGUCGGUGUCGGUGUUGGAGUCGGGGUCGGAGUGGGUGUGGGUGUCGGCGUGGGCGUCGGUGUUGGGGUCGGCGUCGGUAGCGGAAUAACUGGAUCUCAGACGGCACCGCUUUCCUCCCCUAGUCGGAGCAGUCCUCACAGUCAAGGCAGUGAAACCGGAGAACGCUUCUCUAGGAAAGUGUUUGUCGGCGGCCUGCCACCGGACAUCGACGAGGAGGAGAUCAAAGCGAGUUUCCGCCGUUUCGGAUCGUUGGUGGUCGAUUGGCCUCACAAAGCUGAAAGUAAAUCUUACUUUCCACCGAAGGGCUACGCUUUCUUGCUUUUCCAGGACGAAGCGUCCGUGCAACAGUUGAUCGACGCCUGCAUCCAAGACGAAGAGAAACUGUACCUGUGCGUCAGUUCGCCAACAACGAAAGACAAACCGGUUCAAAUACGGCCGUGGCGAUUGAGCGACGCGGAUUUCGUGCUGGACGCCUCGAUGCCUUUGGAUCCACGGAAAACGGUAUUCGUCGGUGGUGUUCCCAGACCGUUGAAAGCUGUCGAGCUGGCGAUGAUCAUGGACCGACUUUACGGGGGCGUGUGCUACGCCGGUAUCGACACCGAUCCCGAGUUGAAGUAUCCGAAGGGAGCUGGUAGGGUCGCUUUCAGCAAUCAGCAAAGCUAUAUAGCUGCCAUAUCGGCCAGAUUCGUUCAGUUACAGCACGGCGACAUAGACAAAAGAGUCGAAGUCAAACCGUACGUUCUGGACGAUCAAAUGUGCGACGAGUGUCAGGGACAACGUUGCGGUGGCAAGUUCGCGCCGUUCUUUUGCGCGAAUGUUACCUGCCUACAGUACUAUUGCGAGCACUGUUGGGCGACGAUUCAUUCACGGCCGGGUCGAGAAUUUCAUAAGCCGUUGGUGAAAGAGGGUGCAGAUCGACCUCGAACCGUGCCGUACCGCUGGUGUUAACCCCAGCUGCGUUGUCCCUAAUUAUCUCGCAACCCUAGCUAAUUAACUACCACUUCUACGUACCAACUCCUCCUCCUCCUCCUCCCCCCUACGAGAACCUCUCCUACCGACCGCUGUCACCCACCCUGCCAUUCAUUCGAGACCCCCCCUGGCCCGUCCGACACCUCCGUCUCACCCCCAUGCUCGCAUACCUACCUGCCUUCGGGAACACAGCCCGAAACCGUUAUUACCGCUACUACCCACUGAUCGUCGGUACUAUCGCUAUUCUAUUACUAUCGCUAUUGUCGCUCUAUUACCAUUAUUGCCACGCUCUAUUAUCGAAACCAUCACGAUUAUUAUUCCACUAUGAGUUUAUUUUUACUCUCCAAUCCAUUGCCACUUGGACGUGUUUACUACCCGGCGUGCACUAACCCAGUCGACAUCGCCACCACGGCCGAGACCACCAUCGUCGUACCCCACCGCAGCCGACAUCGCCAUCUACAGCGCCGCCACCGCCGUGCUCGACCAUCGGCCGAAUACGUCUCGACGACACGCAUCGCACCGACUCUUCCGUACCGACGACAACUUUCACCGGCAACUUUCGUCUCUACCAAGUUUGCGUCGUGCGCGUGCACGGAUAUACGAAUGCACAGACGCACGCAUGCAUGCAUACACCACGAGAAGAGAGCAGCGGUUUAGCAGCGGAGGGAGGGUUGCUGAUCGGCGACCGAUACAGCAGAAGCUCGUCGUCGAUGGGACGGACGGGGCAACGGCGUGAGCGAGCUGAUUCCUCGAGCGGGAGAAAAACAAUGGAACGAGGUCGAGAAGCGACGAAGAGAAAGAAAAAGAGGGAGAGAAAGAGAGAGAGAGAGAGAGAGAGAGAGAGAGAGAGAGGGAACGGCGUCGAGGAUAGAAGGAGAAGAGGAAGAAGAAGAAGGAACAACGGAGCAUCGCCCUUCCCGACCGACCGAGAUGGAGCAUGCGUUAGUUACCGAUAUCUAUAUCGAUCCACGCGUGUAUACAGAUGCACGUGCGUAUGUAUGUAUGUUGUAUGUAUGUAUAUGUAUACACGCGUGUAUUUAUCUAAUAUAUAUCUAUAUAACAUAGGUAUUAUAAAUUCGUACGUAAAGUGGCCACGAUUCGCGGCUCUCUCUCUCUCUCUGUCUCUCUCUCUCUUUCUCUCUCUUUCUCUUUCUCUCUCUCUCUCUUUCACUCAGUCUUUCGCAUCGAGCGGGAAGCGAAAGAGAGUUUCGUCUCUUCCAAAUCGUCGACGUGAAGCGGGAAGACACGUUCCAGGAGUUUCCUCCUCACCUCCGUUCCUUGCUCCGUUCGCUCGUCCCUUCUCUAGUGGCGCUGGAUCGAUCGGUUGAAGGUCGAUCGCGCGUUGCGGAGCAGGGGCGCGUGCGCGAUAAGCGGAGGAAUGAAGAAUCGUUCUCCGCUCUCUUGCGAUUUGCCUGGAUCCCGGGAUGCUUCGGGAGUCGGGAGCGAAACGAACCUCUAAUCUCCUCCCCUAAUUCUUCUAUUUCUACUUCUACUUCUUGUUCUUCUUCUUUUUCUUUAUCUUCUUUUUCUUCUUCUUCCUGCGAUCACACUUUUCGAGACUCUUCAAGGGCCAGAGGCAAAGAAGGAAAAUCGGAGAACGGGGGGAGGGGGAGGGGAGGGGAGGGAAGGGGAGGAGAACGAAGCGCCAGGGCAGAGUUGUCCCUUCCUUUCGUCGAUCGUUUGGCGCCACCUCGAUUGCGACACGAGUCGAAGGAGGGAGAUAGAAGCGGGAAUUGACGUAAUGCCAAGUGUGAAACGCCAAGCGGCGAGCAGCUUGCCUCCUCUCCUCGAUGAAAGGAUGCGGCCGGAUCGUUUUCCGGAAAUCGGGGCCGGUACGUGUACGAUUAAAAUGUACGUGUGUGAACGUGAUUCGAAAUGGGAUAAGAGGUGAUAGCGAGUACCUGAUUUGAUGACGCGAAACUGCAAGAUUUAAGAUUGGUGGAGCAUGAGAGAGAGAGAGAGAGAGGGAGAGGGAGAGGGAGAGAGAGAGAGAGAACGAGCGAAUGACUGGUGGAGAAAGAUGGAAACUCGUGUACGAAUUGGAGUGUGCGUGAACGGAUGAGGAGAAGAGAGGGGAAGGAAAAGAUGGGAAGGGCAGGAAAAUAUUGGGAAAAAGAAAAAUGGUGACUGGUGGAUAAACGCGUAAAAGUGGUAUUAAUAAUUAUAACGAAAGAGUUGGAACGUGAAACCUUAGGUAAUGGAAAACAUCCACGCUUCGAACCGCUGUAUAUUAGACGAUUAUCUGUAUCACACAAUCUUUAGCUUUUAAGAAAUUAUUGGAUAUGUCGGAUAGGUGCGUUAUAUAUACAUACAUACAUGCAUACAUACAUACAUACAUAUAUAUAUAUAAAACACAACAUACACACACACACAAACACACAUAUACAACAUAUAUAUAUAUAUAUACACGCGUUUAUCGCGACUCGCGCUCGUAGACAAAAUAUUUGAGCGAAACGAACGAUUUUUUACCGAUUAACUUGUUCGAGUGCGGGGCAUAAUAGUGAACAAAAAAAAGUAUCAUGGGAUAAAAUGAGAAGAGUGGAUGGAAAGGUGGUAGUGAAGACGGAGGUGGCGAACGGGAAUGGAUAGAUGCGAUAGAGACGCGUGAAUGUGUGAGCGUUUGUGUCCAUGCGCAUGCGUGUAAGGGGGAAGCGAGAGAGAUUGAUCGAGAGAGAAUACGAAGGAAAAGGAAGAACGAACAGGGGGCUUAGAGAGGCGAAGUAGAGAGAGAAACGGGAUUCAAACGGACGUUGAAAUGAUGAUUAGUCUAAUUCUCUUGACGCGCCGUUACGCGUUAAGUUACACGUUUAACCGUACCAGAUCCUCAGCCAAUACUUGAAAUCUUUACCGACCGACCUUUCCAAAAGAAAGAUAAGAUAAACGAAAAAAAAAAAAGAAAAAGAAAAAAAAAGAAAGAAAGAAAAGGGGAAGAAGGAAGAAGGGAGAUAAACGAGGGAAUGAACCUCGCACAGGAUCGUACCUCGUACCAGACUGCUGCUACUCGUUUUCAAAAGAAAAAAAAAAAAGAGAGAGUACAAAAUGAAACGAACGGUCGCGUCGAAACUUGAAAGUCAAGGAAGAAGCACCGAAAUGAGAGCGAAGAAAAAAAAGAAAGAGAGAUAGAGAAAAGGAUGGUUCGAUCCCGCGAUCGAAAAAGAAAAAAAAAACGAGUCAAAGGGGACUAAUUUCGGCCGUGAAUCUGGAAAAACGAUCAUUAAGAAAGAAAGAAAGAAAGAAAGAAAGAAAAAAAAAACCUGGUUGAAACGUAAAAUGAUUCUACGUACCUGGGCCUCCGCGUUUCUUUUUUCGAAUAACGAGCGGUGAAUAACGUCUCUCCAGUGAAUCUAAAACACUAAAACUACUUGAAACGAGUCAACCUCGCGAACCGAGAAACGGAAAUAAAACGCUCUCCUUUAGAGCGGACAUUUUCUUGACAGAGAAGAGACUUGGCGACCGAGCUCCUAGCAAAUUACUCUUCAUACGUCCGAUAUAAGAGAUUCGAGGGAAACGCGUGCAAGGAUUAAAACAUUCUUUUCGCGUGAGAAAUCAAUAGAAUAAAGAAAGAAAAGAAAAAUAAUAAUAAUAAUAAUAAUAAUAAUAAUAAUAUUAAUAAUAAUAAUAAUAAUAAUAAUAAUAAUAAUAAUAAUAAUAUUAAUAAUAAUAAUAAUAUUAAUAAUAAUAAUAAUAAUAAUAAUAAUAAUAAUACUGCAUGGGUUCCUCCUGUGUAGACACCGAUCCUUCUUGUACCGAUACGAUCCGCGUUAAACGGCUGUCGCGAUGCACGUUUUUUCUUAAUCCUAACGAAUUUCUUCGCUCGAUGUAUAUAAUCAAACUGAAAUGAUGCAAUCGACGUAGUUCAAAUGAAAUCUCAUCUCGACGGAGACACGUUUAUUAAUAUAAUAGGUUCUAUUCUUCGAAGGAGGAACAGAGGGUUUUUCUCGGUGGAAAAAAAAUUCCCGAUGUGUCGUUUCCAACAGUGAAUCGUCCCUUGUUGACUCGCGUCGUCUUCUAAAAACCUAUUUCCAACCUAUCGGAACACCUUACUUUAAUCGCCUCUUUACGUUACUUUAUCUCCUUAUAUAUAUAUAUAUAUAUACAUAUAAAAGUGUUGCAUCGAAGAGAAAAGAAGAGAAAAGAAGAGAGAGAGAGAGAGAGGAAUAGCGAGAGAGAGAGAAAGAGAAAGAGAGAGGAGAAGAAGAAGGAAGCGGAAAAAAAAGAAGAGAAAAAUUGUCUUAUUUCGAUCGAUCCCGGUCAAAGUGACGAUGUAACGGUGGAAACGGCACGGGUGAAUAAUCAGUAUGCAACGUUAUGUGUUCCGCUUAAUAGAUGGACGUUUUAUACGUAGCAGCACCGUAAGUUGAAACCAUAAGCUCGUAGAUUAACCUCGCACGACGAGUAUCUUUAACGACACGCUUUCGCGUGUUAUGCAAAAUAAAAUACACGCGAUAUACACGUACACGUAUAUAUACACACAUACACAUACAUACACACACACACAUACACGAAUAUAUACACGCAUACCUACGACAUCAUAAAUUUAGUCAUCCGAAAAUGAAUCGGUAAGAAAAAGAUGAUCGUGGAUUAAUCGACGACGUACCUUGCGUACGCUUAGUAACGAGGAAUGAAUAAACAAAAAAUAAUUUCCACAUCUAUAUAUAUAUACAUAUAUAUAUUUACAUAUAUAUUUAUUUUUUUGGUACUCUUUUUGUAUAUACGUGUCGCCAUAGAUUAGGUGACGAUCUAGGAUCCGCACGAGAUACGAGAUAUCCGCGUGAGAGAACAGAGAGCAAAAACCAAGGGAGACGAGAAGAAAGAAUGAGGGGGAGUGAAAGUAAGAAAAUGAGAAAGAGGGUGAAAAAUCGAAUAUACACGUGUGAAUGUGUGCAGGUGUGAGAAAGUAAGAGAGAGAGAGAGAGAGAGAGAGAGAGAGGGGAGAUGAUUAAUCGCAUUGACAUUUCCGUCCUUUCGUUCGCACGAAUUUCCCCACGAUCGAAGUUGACAAGAAAUAUCUCGAUUCGUACGAGAGAGUCCAACAAGAAUGAGGAGGAAUAAGAUUCACAUCCCGUGAAUAUGUGAAGGGGGACGCGAAGAGAGAGGAGGAAAGAGCAAGGAAGAAGGGGGAGAAAUUCUGUGAACGAAAAGACGCGAGAUAUAAGAAAAGAAAGGAAAACAAGAGGACAAAGGGAAGAGGAUUUUUUAGUUAGAGUAAUUUUUCGACGCUCGGCACCGUUCUCGCGUGGACGAGAAGCGAUGAAACGCGGCGCGGCUAGGAUUAGCGCGAGAUAGCGCCCGCGAUUCACGCGUCUCGGCAGCGUCGCUAUCUCACGGAUAAAUUUAUUAAACGCAUAUACCCAACGCAACGUAUAUGUGUGCAUAUAUAUAUAUAUAUAUGACGCGGUGCAUCGAGAUGGUUUUUCCCGUUGCUUCGAGGGAUGGCACGCGUUUACGCUCGACGAUUCGCUCGACGAUCCUCGAAAAGUGGAAAGGACGCGACGAGAAAAAGAAACGCGCAAGAACUCGUUUAUUGGACAUCGUGACGCUGCCUCUCCGUUUCUCGCCACCAAUACCGAUUUCCCUCGGAAGAAUCCCUUGGAAGAAGCGCGGGUUGGAAAAACGGCGACGACUCGUUUUUUUCUGGAGCCGUGUCAAUCGACGCGGAUGGACGAUGAAAGGGAAUCGAUGGUCAGCGAGAGAGAGAGAGAGAGAGAGAGAGAGAGAGAGGUCGAGCGGUCGGCGAGCGACGGCUUCGAAGGGAUCGGAAAAAUCGUUUGUCGCGAUUAGUGCGAUUCGAGGUUGCCGCGGUUCAUAUAUACUAGGUGAAAAUUUGCAUCCCGUAAACGAGCACGAAACGAUACGCGUUCGAAACGCUUUCGCGCGCGGCCACAGGCUCGUAACCACACCGACACACGUAAACGAGACCAACACUUAUUAGACACACGAUCUCGUUCGUGCACGGACACGUUCUCCCCACUAAUCGAUCGAUAUAAUCGUAGUGAAACUUAUCUAGGUACCAAUUCACCUAAAUCAAUUGAUAAUUAAAAAAAAAAGUAUAUAUAUAUAUAUGUAUAUAUGUGUAUAUACAUAUAUAUAUAUAUAUUGAUAUACAUAUAAUAUAUAUAUUAAUAUAUAUUAUAUAGAAAGUAGUAUUGUUCCGAUACUCGAUCGCGAACCGAGUAUUUGGGCAAGAAUCGAGAUCGAGAUUUUUCUAGACAAAUUUUUCUAAUCGUUGACGAAUCGCGCGGUGUUCUUCCACGAAUCCAAUCGUGGAAACAAUCUCCUUCUAUCGAUACAUACUCGCGUAACGCAUCCGCAUAGAAAAUUCUUUAAAUCGUUUACGCGGCAAGCGAACGCUCGAAACGAGGCGGUAAUCCGUGUCAGAAUUAUUUAUAAUUGUCCCGCCACUUUUCACUAAACGAAUUUUUCCCCCUCCCCCAGAGCGGUGUCUUACGUUCUGGCACGGACUGUAUCGAUUCCCGCGCGCAUGCGUAUAUACGCGUACGCGUUGAUAUACACGAUUCUUCAAUAUUAUAUAUAUAUAUAUAUAUGGUAUAAACACACAAUGUGAAAACGUGCAUGCAUGUUUUUCGUACCGCGGAAGUAUAGUCGCUUUUCUUCGGGAACGUUAACCAAGAGAAUAAAUGUCUUUCCAGGCAUCGAUCUAGGUUCGCGAAACGCGAAAUACCUGCGUGGUUUGGAUCAUACGUUUCGAUCGUACCAUGAACGGUAUGAAUACGCGAACGGUGAGACGAGACAAUUAUUAGACAAUUGAAGAAAUAUUUCCGUGUCCGCCGAUAUCGAAUCGAAACGAUUUAUAUUAUAUUCAUCGUUCGGACAGUUUGGACGGUUUGUUUUCAACGCGAUAGAUAGUAAUCUAGGCCAAUUAGGAAAUUUUAAUUUGAAUAUUUUUAGACGUGCAAUUUUUUUUCUUUUUUUUUUAAUUUCUCAUCGCGAAAUUCUCGAUAUCGAUUUCUCAAUAAUUCGAAAUGUGGAUUUAGGAAAAUUAUUUCGCGGAUCUUUAUUCGUAUAUUCGUUCGGUCGUAUCGAGAUAUUUCACGCGCGGCGAUUGGACAAUUCGCCACGAACGGACAUAUCGCUCGGUGAAGUGGAUAUACGCGUGAAUUUCGAAAUUUUUCUUUUUCUCGAUUGAAUAAAGCGAACUGUCCGCAGACGAAGCACGUAUUCGUUCGAGAUGCACGAAGCCGCGUUAUUAAUGGGAGGGCGGGGGUGGGAUGAAACCGCGAGAAAGUAUGGAUAAAGGAAACCGCGAUUGUAGUCGCCCAUAGCGAAAUUUUAUACGUACGAACGUGCACGCGUACACACGAUGAAAACGCAUCUGCCGAUGAUGGCGCGCUAAGAAUUUAAAAGGGGAAAGAAAAAAAGAAAAAGGAAAAAUAAUAAAUAACGAUGACGAUUGAUGAUAAUAAUAAUAACGAUAAGCUACAUUCGCAGUAAAGUUAUUGUUUGAAAUCGCCCUUAUAAGAAAAGUGAAAACGACUACAACAACUACAACAACAACAACAACAACAACAACAACAACAAAAUAACAAAUAAUACGUUAGGUAUGAUUCUUCACCUCCUUUGUAAUAUGUGUGAUAAAGCAUAAUAUAUAAUAUAAUGACAAUUAUAUAUAUACAUAUAUGUGUACAUACAUGUGUGUGUAUGUAUGUGUAUAUACACAUGUAUGUAUAUGUAUAUAUACAUAGGUAUAUAGAUACAUAGAUAUAAAAUACUAAUAUAUAAUUAAUAAUAACACGAUCGAAAUAUUUAAUAUAUUCUGACGGACUUGAAGAGAAAUAAUAAUGAAUGAAACUGGAAAUUAGAUGUUGAUUGCGCGAUACGACAGUAGGGGGACGAAAAUAGCGAAAAAAGAAGGGGAAAAAAAAUAUGGAACGUGGAAAUCUUGUCGGAAAAAUGGGGGAAAAAGAAAAAAACUCCAACUCGAAGAUGGAUGAAAAUAAUCGCGAUGCUGACUGAACGAUGCUUGCACGGGCUCACGCGUGAUAUAAAACUACGUGUAUACAACUGUCGUUCGAGUAAUGCGUACGAAUGAUUAAAAAAAAGAAAAAAAAAAAAAAGAAAAAAAAAUAACACGGUGACGAAUUGAAAACGUGAAAGCGAGUGAAAAAAAUUUUGGGGGAACGAGUAAUAAUGGUAGUCACUUACGAUAGAUUUGUAUUUUUCAGUGUUGAAAAGUUUUUUAUACCGCUGUUAUAUUCUUGUCUAAAUAUCUUAGUUCAGAAAAAAUGCGAGAGACGGUGAUUGCGUCUUAGCUUGCAUGAAACUAUAUAGGUGCAUUCGAAAGCGCCGAAUGCGUGAGAGAGAGAAAGGAAGAGAGAGAGAGAGAGCACGUUACAGAAGAAAGGGAUGAAAGAAAUCGAGUGAGUGAGAGUUAAAAAACUGAUUGAUUCGGUGGGGAUAGUGAAGAGUGGGGAAGAGAAUGAGUGAGAAAAAGGAAGAGAGGAAAAGAGCGAGAGAAAGAGAGAGAGAGAAGAGUGAAAGUUGGACGAGCAAUCGAAAAAGCACGGAUAUACUUGCGUAUAGCGUAAGCUCCAAAAGGGAGGGACGAUUUGCUCGAAAGGGAUCGAUGAUAAAAUGAUCUCGCGUAAUUCUUAGCGGAAAUGUUCGAUUCGAUCGAACUUUUCGAAAUUUUAUUUUCAAGACGCUCUUUAAUAAUAUCCAUCGCGUCGUGCAAAGACUCUGGAAUAAGGUCGGUGCAAUGACUUUUCUUAUCAUUCCCGCGAGCCAUGAAACGCGCGAUCUACCUUAAGUUAAUCGCGUCGAACGAAAUUUGCGUUUCAAACGCGAAACAAAAAUCGGGGAGAAUUAUUUUUUAUUACGUUUUAACGUUGAACGUAAAAGUAGAAUUCGCGAGAGAGGGGGAAAUUUCGAUCCUGAUCCCUUGAGAGUGAUCGUUUUUUUUUUUCAAAAAAAAAAAUGCCCACGCUUUCGAAGCUCGCUCUGUGAAAAAUACGCCCGAGAACACGAGCGAACCAACACGACGAUUAACGCGGGAAGUUGUUGAAAAUGUACGCGAGACACCAGACACGAGGCGCGAAACACGAUCGACCAAGUCGAUCCUACCUCUAGUUAGCUCCUGCUAGAGCGAUCCUAUCUCUAUUUACCGUUUUCCACGUACAAUUUUAUCAAUCGAUUUUUAUUUUUUUAAACAUUACGAGAUCUUUAUCCUCAUAUGUAUACUAUAUACCGCGUCCGAACGAGUAGCGUUCGUAAAGACAAGUUUGCAAAUCUAUUCUUCUCAUUUAGUCUGUUCUUGCAGGCUUCUCCCUGCGCCCUUCUGUUCAUCGCGUUUCUUUUUUUUUUUUUUUUCAAUCGCUCGAUCGAUACCUCGCAGGUAAAAUGGAUGGUCAACGUACGGCAAUGGACAACGGAAAAUAGAAAAGAAUUCACGAACGAACGAUUUUCUACUUUUGAAAUUUCUAACAAUUUCGUGAUGAAUACAUUUCUUCCGUUAUCCGUUGCUCGGCUAUUUUGCUUCGAGCGAAACAUCAUUUUUUCGUACCUUUGUAUUUUUUUUCUAUUUUUUUUUUUUUUUUUUUUCUCUCUCGUUUUUUUCACUGUUCUUCGAAGCCCCAAAAGGGCGAUCGUGAUCCAUAAUUUCAUCGUUCUCCAAAUUUCUAUAUUUUUGUUACAUAUGUUCACUACGAUCAUUACUAUUAGUUGAUAAUAUUUUAAAACGUAAUCAAUAUAGACGCUGUUAUUUUUGCAAUUAUCAUUAUUGUCAUUACUAUUAUUCGAUUAUUAUCAUUACUUUUAUUAUUAUUAUUAUUACCACUACUACUAUUAUUAUUAAUAUUGCUGCUAAUGCUGCUACUACUACUAUUACUAUUAUUAUGAUUACGACGAUGAUAAUGAUUAUUAUUAUUACUAUUACUACUACCACUACCACUAUUACUAUUACUAUUACUAUCACUAUUACUAUUACUAUUACUAUUACUACUGCUAUUGCUACGACUACUAUUACUAUUUCUAUUGCUACGUCUAUUAUUACUAUUAUUAUCACUACUAUUUCUUCUACCACUAUUACUAUUAGAGUGUCUACUGUAGAUGUACGCAUAUAUCCACAUGUACCAAAGAACAGUUGAACAUAUUUGUACAUCUGAUAUUUACAUGGACACGUGCAUGUUUAAAAAGCGUAAAUAGAUCUUGAAUGUAUUUUUGGCGCGGAAAGACGGAGCCACGAUCGUAAUGAGAAGCACAGUAAGAUUGUUGAAAUAAACACUAUAUAGACUCUCGUUACGAGUUGGCUUCGAUAUCGUGUUAUUGUAUCACGAUCUCGAGUCAGAAACGUAAUCGCGAAUCAUUCAGAAAAAUGUCAGAAAACGAUAUAAUGUCCGAAUCGAUCUCCAUCAUCGAUGGUCGAUCUACCUUUGAUCGAUUUUCGAGAUAUCUUCGCAACACAACUUCCCUCUAUCGGUAACGGAGAGCGUGUCUGACCUGAGAUCGAAAAACCAAGAAGCACCAGAGUGUUUGACGUUAAAAGUAGGAAAAAAAAAAAAAAAAAAAGGCGAGAAACACGUUUCUUUUGAUGAAAGAGAACAAACAUCGAACUUGUAUCAUUCACAUUUUAGAGUUUCAUUCGCCUUGUCAAAAUGAUUUUUCGCUAUUCUGAUCUUACGCAGUUUAAUCGUUGAUCGUAGCGCUAUCUGUACACCGUAUGAGGUAAACACACUCGUGUAAUUCGUUCGAUCUGCAUCGUUCGAUACACAUCACCCCGCAGCUACAAACAGUCUGGAUGCGUUCAAUGAAAAAUGCGGUACAACAAUAAGUUCAAUGUAUGCACGUGUAUAUGUUAUAACGGAGACACUUAGAGCGUAAAACGUGAUAAGGCUAUAAAAACAGUAUAAGCUGGAGCUGGGAGCCGUGCAAUGUUCUUAUCGAACGAAAGAAAGUGAAAGAGUGAGAAUGGCGUUGAGUGAAAGUGAGAAAAGGAAAGAGAGUAAGAAAGAGUGCGAGAAAGAAAGAAAGAAAGAAAGAGAGAAACAACGAAAGGGAGAUAAAAGUAGAGGAAAAGUAAUAAACGAAACGAGAAUUCACAAGAUCGAAAGUUAUCGCGAAAAAACAGAGGAAAGAAGAUAUUUUUUUAUUUUUUUAACGAGAUCUCUUGGAGACGAAAGAUAAACUUUACACGCAAAAAAGAAAUAACAAAAGACAGAUAGGCAGGAAAUAACGAAAAUUAAGGGAAAGAGAAAUUGCGUGUGUGAGUGGGUGUUUUCUUCGUGUAUGAGUGUAUAUGCAUAUUGAAAGUGAGCAAGAGAGAGAGAGAGAGAGAGAGAGAGAGAGAGAGAGAGAGAGAGAGAAUGCGAAACAGAGCGCGGAAAGUAGAAAUACAGAGCUAAGUGCAUCCCAGAGGCGGGCACAUUGCAUGCGUUUUUUACGUAGAAAUAGAAAGUCUGACUGCUUUUGAUUUGUGGAAAUUUUUACGGGGAAAUAGUUAACGUCUCUUAGAUGUUAAAAAUCGUUCGAAAAAAAAAAAAAAAGACGAAAGAGGGAAAGGAAAAAAAAAAAAAGGAAAAAAAGAGAAAAAAAAAAAGAAAUAGAGAUGAUGAAAUGAUCAUGAUGGGAUGAAUGAAAUUUAUAAUAGCGGAGACGAAAAUUGAAUUUUUUAAAUGUCGUUUGUACGUAUCUUUUUAUGUACAUUUAUAUACAUCGACGUUUGUUUUUAUCGUAAAAAUUUCACCGUUUGUAUUCGUAAGUUAUCAUAGGAGACUCCUGUUACUAAUACUAUAUUGUUUACUUAAGAUAGAUACCCUUUUUUCCUAGCGUAUAAUGAUAACGCAAAUUUCUAUAAUUUUAUAAAUAUAAAUAAUCGAUGGCGACGAUUAAUGAAAUUAGAGGAAACUUACAAGUGCAACUUAAGUCUUUAACUUAAAGUUACCAAGCUGCGAGAUUUCAUACUCUCGAAAGAUAUAAUUUUUUAUUAAAGCAAUUUUUUGCGGAAGCUCGUUUAACGAUCAUCUUUAUUUUUUUAUACCAGUGGUAGUAUUCUGCCCACCUCUGGGUAAAAAGAAAAAAGAAAAAAAAAAAAAAAACGGCAUACGAACGAAAGUGACCAUCUAUCGUGAUGCAAGACGCGAUUUUACCCCUUCUUACACUGCAUUUCUAUUUUUAAUAAUGUAUGCUCUUUCAUAUUUCGCUGCAUCGAAUACGACAUGAGCGUCGUGCAAUAAUAUAAAUCUUUGUCGCGUUUUGUAAAUAAAUCCCUCGAGGGUCGCGUCUUGCAUAUCGACGGAGGUUUUCUUAGGAAAAAAAAAAAAAAGGAAAAAAAAAAAAUAUCGAAGAAAAGAAUUAUAUAAAAAAAAAAAAAGUGAAAAAAAGGUAAAAAAAAAAAAGAAAAAAAAAAGAAAAAAGAGAAGAAGGAAAAAGACGAUAAAAAAGAAAUGAAGCGAAAGGAAGAAUAUUACUAGUCAAUCCUCGAUCCACGGAAAGUUGCACGGAAAUUACGAAACGAACGAGAAAACGUUUUUUAUUUUCGAUUCGUAAAAAAAAAAAAAGAAAAAAAAAGAAAAAAAAAAAAAGACUUUGUUUGUAUAUCUCGAUCCUUGAAUUUUUGAUAAAAACCAAUAGGUAUUAUUAACGCGAUUUAAAUGUCCUACUGAUUUAGAGACUAUUUACACGAUUCGAGAAAUCCUUUUUGUACGUUAUUUCUACGUUCACCUGUAAUUUAACAUUGUCCACGUUAUUGUAGCGAAUAGCGUAUAUCGUUGUAUGGUGAUCUUUAUUUUUAAACACAUUUUUAUUAUCGUUGGUAACGUUAAGGGUACUUUAGCUCGCCUGUAACCGAGAAAAGUUUCAAGUACUUUAUUAUUGUAUUUGGAUAUAGCAAUGUUGACUUGGUUUCCUUUAUUUCGUAUUUUUCUGUUUUGUUAAUGAAUUUCUAUUCGUACAGUUAAAUGCAAAUUAUGCAUAUUUGAA